AUGAAGCGAGCAACAUCUUUGGACCUCCAGGACACAAAGAGAAUACAUAACCCUUGGAAAUCCAAAAUCCAGAACUUCGUCCAGAGUCCAUUACCAUGGCGGAAAUUCAACAGACAAGAAACAAAUGAAACGAGCCCACCGGGAGAAUCUCUCGAGACCGUUCUUUCCCAGAAAUUAUUUCGGGACUUUCUGAAGUCAGAGUUCUGUGAGGAAAACCUGGACUUCUGGCUCGCCUGUCAAGAGUUCAAAACCUCUAAGCGUCCAGAGGAGCAAACUCGCAGAGCAGCAAGAAUUUAUCAAGAGUUCAUCAGGGAUGAGUCUCCAAAACAGGUGAACUUAGAUUUCUACACAAGAGAGAUCAUCAGGCAGAGUGUCCGGCAAGCAUCUCUGUCAUGUUUUGUUGUGGCACAGAGGAAAAUCUAUAGCCUGAUGGAGAACGACUCCUUCCCCCGCUUUAAUGAAUCGGAACAAUACAAAGUCCUGUUUGAUGCGGCUUCUAAGCAGAGAGGCCAUGGGAAGCACAGAAAGGCCUUGGCGAUAAGGAGAAGCAGAGAUCUGAUGCAGCCCGAUUCUAAAGCCAUCAACAUGCAGUGUGAGCUCUAUCUCCUGCAAAAGGACUGA